AAGUGACGUUUGCGUUAACUCGCGCGAUUGCUGAACUGUAUGAAUUGGCACGUGUCGUAAAGCCUUACCGUACUCUGAGAUGUAUGUAGGACCAAGAUGAAGUUGCGCAUUCCCGACAUACUCGAUACUGUUGAAUUUCCGCCCCAUUUUACUUCCUUUCCCUCUGGUCUUAACAUUCGAAGUCUCGCAUCUCAAUCUAUGAAUUUGGUCAACGUCAUAUACUCCAGACCCAGAAUAGCAAGGAAUGAAAUUAAAGGACUUGCCAAAGCACGAAUUGCUUAUGUUUCUCGCACACAGCCACUUCCUGUUGGGUCCAUUUCCCACAAACACCGUUAAUUUUCGAUUAACUUGUACGCUCGGUUACAGUCCGUGAAGUACUUUAACUUUCCGUAGGAUGAUGACAGCCAAGAGCCCGGGUACGCCCCGCUCUAUACCUAUUUUGCUUUACGUCUUAGAUAUAUGUCUGUCUGUCUAUAGAACAAUAACUAGGAUCUUCGCCCUUCUUGAGAUGCACAAAGAAUAGAAAAUAUUAAUCAUUUCAAAAUGAAUGGUCAUCGUAAAACGGCCACGCUUCUAGCUAUUGCUCAGAUUCUCAUGCUCGUAACGGGCGUACGCGGGGAUUGCUAUGCACUCUCAGGUAUUACCGCCCUGAGUGCACCAGCGUACAAUGGGCCUGAACUCGUAUCGUGUGGCAGAGGAACAAACAAUUGCUGUAUGCGCGGUCAACAAUGCGGUUCAAACCUGCUCUGCCUUGGAAAUGGCAAAGUCAGUCGGGAGUACUGCGCAGAUCGUGAUUGGAAAGGUUGCUCGCCUUUAUGUCCCAAAGGGUUCAAUGCUGGCUACGGAAUGCGCAAAUGCGGCAUGAACCGCUACUGCUGCAGCGAAGACUGCAAUUGCGAUAAAGAUCAAGUAUUCCAUAUCGACCCACUCACCGGUGCAGUGGCGAAUGCGACGGAUGUGCAGGAGAAUCUUAAAGAAGAUGUACCAGAGUGGUGGGAGGUGGACAGUUCAGCGAUGUUGUCGCCGACUCCAACACCUACACCCGCAGCGAAUUCAACAUCGUCCACACCACCAGAAAUCACGCCACCGGUGACUCCCAGCAGCGCGACCAGCUCUUCCGAAUCUUCUGGUGCGCCCAAUGCGUCCGCUCCAGCACCUUCUACAUCUCCCGCUGGAUCCCCAACGGCUGCGCCUUCUUCGGGACUUUCUGGAGCCGCUGGGGUGGGGAUCGGUCUAGGUGCUGCAGCUGCUGUCGCAUGCUUGGCUGGGAUGAUUGGGUUGCUUGUUUCGCGGCGGAAGAAGCGGAUGGAGCGCGCGAAACCGCAGUCUUCGUCUUCGACUUUACGUGGAAGUUCUUUUGGGGAUAAGAUUUACCCUCUUCAUGAUCCGUCGAAGUUGCAUGAGAUGGAUGGAGUGUGGCCUGAGUAUGAGAUUGGGGGGAGACAGUUGCCGGUUCCGAAACAUGAGAUUGAUGGGACGCAGUUGUCGCAGGAGGCGAUUGCGAAGAGGACGUAUCUUAGGGUGUGA